UUCGGUUUUUCGUCCAAAUUAAUGCAAACAAUCACGUGGGAUUCAGCCAAGCAGUGACGUUCAAUUCUGCUCUGUCAGAGAGAGCAUCUGUCAAGCCCACAUUUAAACUGCCGCCUGCCUGUGCAGCAGCUGAGGAGCCCUGGGCUUCAUAGGAGACUAAAACCCCAGGAAAACUGCUCAAAAUCCUUCCUGCAGCUGCCAGGCAACGACGAGAGAGAGUGAAACCCUGCUCUCCUCCACCACAGCCGAAGCACUCCAUUCUAGCUCUGGCUGCUUCACGCUGCAGCCCCGUGUUAGUACUAGAAAUAUGGAUACUGAGAAGAGAAUACAGCACUGCAUUGUCCGGCCAGGAAAACAGCAGAUGUAAAAAGCUUCAAUGCAUCAACUGACGGGAAGGGUCCACAGUGCUCCACACAGAACGGACAACUACAGCUCUUUUGUUUAAAGAAAGAGAAAAUGAAAGAAAGGAAGAGCUGCAGAAGCCCAGGACCCCUAUGAAGAAGGGGGGUGUCUGGGAGCCACGCAGACAGACGGACACCCUGCACGCUGUGAAAAGCAAUCGCGAGCGGCAGACUGCUGGGGGCUGUACGCAUGUUCGAUAGCAUCUUUCUGCUGAAGUGAUGGCGUGCCCCAAGUACGUUCACUGGGCUUAGUCCUCUGCACACAAAUGGCCUGACCAAGGAAGGAUGACUGCAAGGAAGACAAUGUGACCGAGUGAGAAAAUGGUCACCGAGGAACAGUGCUGAGUCGGCAGGAGCAAAGCACCUGUGCAGCCCCCGUCAGUGUCUCAUCCCCGCUCCUGGAUAUUUACAACAUGCUUCAGUGGCGGAGAAGACACUGUUGCUUUGCCAAGCUGAGCUGGAAUACCAAGCGGUCCCUGUUCCGCACCCAUCUCAUCGGGCUCCUUUCCCUCGUGUUUCUUUUUGCCAUGUUCUUGUUUUUCAAUCAUCAUGACUGGCUGCCAGGCAGAGCUGGAUUCAAAGAAAACCCUGUGACCUACACUUUCCGAGGAUUUCGUUCCACAAAAAGUGAGACAAACCACAGCUCUCUUAGGAACAUUUGGAAAGAAACAGUCCCUCAAACUCUGAGGCCUCAAACAGCAGCCAACUCCAACAACACGGACUUGUCGCCCCCAGGAGUUACAGGGCUGGAGAAUACACUCAGUGCCAAUGGGAGUAUUUACAAUGAAAAAGGUACUGGACAUCCAAAGUCUUACCAUUUCAAAUACAUUAUCAAUGAGCCUGGAAAAUGCCAGGAGAAAAGUCCCUUUUUAAUACUACUGAUAGCUGCAGAACCUGGACAAACAGAAGCCAGGAGAGCUAUCCGGCAAACCUGGGGCAAUGAAAGUCUAGCACCUGGGAUCCAAAUCACGCGCAUUUUUUUGUUGGGUGUCAGUAUUAAGUUAAGUGGCUACCUUCAACGUGCAAUACUGGAAGAGAGCAGACAAUAUCAUGAUAUAAUUCAACAAGACUAUUUAGAUACCUACUAUAAUUUGACCAUUAAAACACUAAUGGGCAUGAACUGGGUUGCCACAUACUGUCCACACGUUCCUUAUGUUAUGAAAACUGACAGUGACAUGUUUGUCAACACUGAAUAUCUGAUACAUAAAUUACUGAAGCCAGACCUGCCUCCCAGACGGAACUAUUUCACUGGUUACCUAAUGAGAGGAUACGCACCAAACCGAAACAAAGACAGCAAAUGGUACAUGCCGCCAGACCUCUACCCAAGCGAGCGCUACCCCGUCUUCUGUUCGGGGACCGGCUAUGUUUUCUCUGGCGAUCUGGCAGAGAAGAUAUUUAAAGUUUCUCUGAGCAUCCGUCGCUUGCAUUUAGAAGACGUAUACGUAGGGAUCUGUCUCGCCAAGUUGAGAAUUGACCCUGUGCCUCCUCCCAAUGAGUUUGUGUUCAAUCACUGGCGAGUUUCUUACUCAAGCUGUAAAUACAGCCACCUAAUUACCUCUCAUCAGUUCCAGCCUAGUGAACUGAUAAAAUACUGGAACCAUUUACAACAAAAUAAGCACAAUGCUUGUGCCAAUGCAGCAAAAGAAAAGGCAGGCAGGUAUCGCCACCGUAAACUACACUAGAAGACAACUUUUCUUUUCCAAUGUGCAAUCUGUAAAAUAUUGCUAAAAGCAUGUAUAGUUAAAACUGAUUACACCCAUAGAACAGGUUUUAGUUAAAAUCCACCACAUGAAAGAAUUCCAAAAAUAUUUCUUUUCAUUUCUGGAGAAUUCUUAAAAAUACAUUAUAUGACAGAGAGGUAUCCUGAAAGAAUCUAUACAAAAACUGUUUAAGGGGAUCCUGUUUAGUAACAUGCAAUAACAAGCAUGCAUACAUCAAAGGUUCAAGUCUUACGUCAGGGGCCAGUAAGAGGUAUUUGCAUAUAUUUUCCACAUAAAUUUUCAUUUCAGAAAUGGGGGCAGUCAAAAGACCCCUCAUUUUAGAUUGUUUCUCAUUUCGAUAUAUAAUUAAAUGUAAAUAAAACAUUAUUGUCGAUUUUAAGGAAACUUUGUAAUUGUGCAAAGGACAAAUUUUCUGACCUGACUAUCUUAGGGUUCCAAAAUCGUAUUCCAUGCAAUAAGAUUUAGCUGAGUUAUUCCAGAAACACACUUACAAAGUUCAGACGUUUCAUCAACGCAGUACUCACCUUAAGUAUUUACUUUUUAAAAGCAACUGAGAUACACAUUUUCUUUUAUUAAUACAUAUAUCGGGGGAAAUUAUUUUGACAUGACGUGAUAAAAUGUGAAAAAUCGAUGUGUCUCAGGCUCAAGUUUUUAUAAACGCAAAAAAUUAAAUGUUUCAAAAUAGACAAAUAAGUUUCCUCGUUGGUGUUAAAGGCCAAGCUAGUAUUUCAAUGUGUUAUUCAAUUAGAUCAGUUACUGCAGCCUUAAGGAGUACCACCACUUAACUCUUCAAGACUAUCUAUAAAAACAUAUCCUGCUUCUCUAACUGAAGCAAAAGUGACUACUUACAGGCACAAAGAGAACGUGCUGUUGAAAAAAGAUAAAGGAUAAAGAGUGCGGCAUCAGUUUCACUCAAUCCAGCUUAAAGACGCAUGGCUGCCAAACUGCAACAUACGGGAAGUUUAUUUCCUGACAGCAGGUGUACACAUGCCAAUACUUAAUCAUUUUAUGGCACCUACUUCUUUCUCUGAGUGCCAAGUUUAUAAACCUGCACUUUUUAAUUUGGUAGGUGACAAAUAUUCUGCAUCACCAAUUAAAAACCUUUCUGGGGGGGAAGGGGGAAACUACAAAUGUUAAUGAACACUUGAUUCUAGGAUGAACAAUGUAUACAAUGCACUUUUAUCAAGUUUUUAAUAAAAAAGAUAAAGGAAAAUAUUACUGAGUGUUAUGGUACAAAUAUGUCACAGUAAUUUUGUUUGGCUCCAUUACAAAUUUAAAAAUCAGGAAAUACUAUAUCCACUAACCUUAAAAUAAAAUUUUUAUUUCAUACAAGUAUGUAAAUUUAUCAAUCUUAAUUUAAUCAGGAUGUUACUUAUCCUAAUUUUAAUACAAUCAUUUUUAUCCUUAAUUCUGAGGAGAUAUUGCAUCAAAACAGACCUGUAGCAUUUGAUAACAUUCAGAAUCACGGGGACUGCUUAAGUACUGAUUAUUUCAUACACUGAGUUCUAUUCAUACUCAAGUUUAGCUCCAAUUUUCAAUUCUUCAGUCUAAAUGUCCUAUUCUACAUAGAGUAAUUCUGAGCGCUGAGCUACGUAAUACCUCCAGCUCAUUAGGUCUGGUUUUCACUUAAUUUAUUCCAUAUGAUUACAAAAAGACUAAACUUUAAAAACCAAAAUUACUAAAUAAAAGUCACACAUAAGAGGACAAUACCAAAUUAGGUAAGUUUGAUGAAAGACAAAAGGAAUUCACCCCUCAGUGUGCCUCUCUCAUUUGUACCUCCAAAGUUUAGGGGGAGAAAGGUGUAUGUUGAUCCCUGUGUACAUGCACAGGUACGCACACAGAAAGCCCAGUGCUGUUUGUCCAGGACGUUCUAUGACAGUAUUUUCCUUCUGGAAAAAUUCAAGUGUAAAAGUUGACUUAUGAAAGCACCCAUUUCAAAUCAUUUUUAUAUCCCUGAUAAUACUAUCUUGAAAACUAAUGGUAAUCUAAUGAUACUCCGAGUUCUCAAAGAACACUAGAUGAAAUAAUAGUUUCUUAGUACUGCUGAAAAUUCUUAUUUUAAAAUAAAUAUCCUACUAUUAAUCGAUAUUUGACCUUCUACUCAACAAUAUGCAAGCUGAUUUCUUCAGCAAAAUAUGAAUUUUUAUAUUGCACCUUAAAAUGACAUUUAAACAUUUCACCAAAUAUUAAUUGUGCUUUAUUUAUGCCCAGUACUAUGGUAUUUUUAUUGUAUAUGAAAAUGUAAUUUUAAAUGACAGCAUUGCAUUUCGUCAAUAUUACAGAAUAUUAUUUAUGCAUAAAGUGUUAUUAGAUAUUUUAGAAGACAAAAAUAACAACUGUCAAUACUUACACUACUUUAUUUUGAUCAAGAUUAUACAUGAUGAAAUUCAACUUCCAUUAAAUAAUUAAAAUUGUUCACCUCUUAGUAUACAGCAUAAUCAUAUGUAAUCUCAACUGGAAUACUGUUAAUAUCUAUCAACUGAAAGCUUUAUAAAACACUACCAACGGCAACAGGAGCUGUUCACUGACUGUGCACACACUGUGUGCCUGGUACUUGUCACAGCCCCUUAUACACACGAGCUCACAUAAUCCUUAUAGAUAACAUGGGAUAGCGAGGACUCAUUCCUGCGAGAGGUUAAGGAAGACCCUAGGACCACACAGCUGGUGAAGCAGCAGGGAUCCAUUUCGAAGGCCACACUCUUAACCAUUAUGCUCUUCUGCUGUGUACUUCACGUAAUGACACCUAUUACAAGGUAUAAAAAGCUAAGCAAAAAUGGCCUGUCUUCUAUUCUCCGCCUGUCCUUCACUUUUGGCCGGUGAAGGCUUCCUCCAGGCUGUCUACCAUUUUUGCGUAAUGCAGGGGUAUCUGAUGUUAAGUGCAAGUACAGAGAAGGGAAAGGAGAGAAGAUCUGAGCCCUCAGUUACUUUUUCUUCUCCUUUUCAGCAGACGUCUGGUGCCCAGGACCUUAGAAAACCACUACGCAUCACUGCUUAUCUCUGGCCCCUUCGGGCACCCAAGACGCAUCUGUCAACAACAGGCGGGCGACACUUCAACAUGACAUAAGGUGCUUCUUUUGAAGCACAACUGAUCGUCUUUAACAGACAAAGUUUUUACCUGCUCUACUAGUCAGUCACUACUAUUUUGCAGCAAAGUGGUGAAAUCCUCUGGUCUGGCUGAUUCGGAUAUUUUUCCCCCAAGUUUUUACUGCUUAACUACAAAAUUUGACUAUUAAAUUAACACAGAUUUAAGAAGCCAAAUUAUACCCCCCCCCAUACAUUUCUAAUAUGUCUCCCAGAAUAUCAGUGUAUUACUUAAAUAUCACUCUCAGAAGACAGGUUACACACACCCAAUACUAACAAGGGGGCAUCCUGGGUUUCAGGAAGAAACCUACCACUGCACGCUCCAUCAACACAGAUGCACAGCACACACCCUCAUCCAAGCACAGUGUCAUCACAAACCUUACUACUCUCAAGAUACAAUUAGUCAGAGGAGAAAGAAAACAUUCCUGAAUAUACAGAAAUUGUUUCCUCUCCCUUCAUACAGCAUGGCUACACUAAACAGCGCUAAAUUAACUGCCUCCAUCUGUUGUUAAUCUAAUUAUUUCCAUUUCCAACUGACUCCUACAGAUUCCAAAUGUGACUCUCACUUUAGACAGUGUCCUGAGCAGCGAAAAAAAAUGCAAACAGAUCAACAGCAUCAUAAAAAAUAUCAAGUGAUUCAAGUUCAAUGAUUCUUGAGCUGAAAUAUAACUACAGAAAAGGGAAAAAUACAUAUUUACUUAUAUAACAUCCAACAAAUCAACUAAUUAACUCAAAGAAUAAAAAGAACUCACAAAAUCGGUCAAAACCAAGACUAUCAUACAGAAACAAGAGUCUUUUUUAAUUAUUAAGUUUUUAGUGUGUGUGAACAGAAAUCACAAAAUGAUUACAAAGUUAAUAUGGGGAAAAAGCAUCAGCAGCUAAGAAAAUCCUAUUGAAAAUCAUGAUAAAGAAUUUACUAUGAAGAAAUAACGAUUUUGGUUAGUACUGACACAAGGACCAGGUUGGCACUUAUAUCAAGAAAAAGAAUUAGACCUGAUAGAGACUCUCACGUUUAUAGUAAACUGGUAUGAGCAAAUUAGAAUUGAAUAUUCCACUAUUCAAUAUAAAAACUAGCUAAUGUCCAGGAUUUAAUGUUUCGGAUUCAGGUUAAGUCCUUUAUUACAAAAAUAACUUCCAGUAGAGCAAAGUAUGUACAAUACUGUACUAAUAAUUAUCAAACCUAUUACAUGCUAGGAGGUACUAUUAAGCAUUUUAGUGAGGGGAUAGGGGAACUAUUUUAUUGCUUACAGAGUUAAAAGAAAAUGAAACAGAGCAAAAACUCAAGCAGAAAAUGAUAAACAAAAUACUAACUUCUACAUAAA